AUGGAUGAAAAUCAGAAAAAAAUUAUGUUGAAAAUUAAAUUGGGUAGUGCAAACGAUGGUUUACAUGAAGAAUCAUCCUUAUCGUCAAAUUAUGCCAGUGCUAACGAUGUUAAAAUAUCAUCACUUAAUAAUAUGGACAAAAAUGCAACAUCCAUGACAGAAAAUCAACAAGCACCAAACACGAGGUCACCCUCCAAUGUACCUCAAAUGGCUGGUUGGUUUCGUUUGAUGGAAACUGUUCGAAAAACAAAUACUCGACCGACUCUUGCGGCAAAUCCAUUUCAAAAUCGCAUUAAAUCAUUUGGAAAUAGUAAUAAUAGUAAUCACACAUCAGAUUCUCCCUUGGCAGUUGCAACGAAUACAAAUACACCCAAGCACAACCAUUUUAGUGAAAAUUCAUCCUCCCCAUGUGCCGCAUCGACGCAGAACAACAGCCAAAUGUAUAAUUUGGAUUUAUUAUUGUCACCAUUAUCAAAUAUGUCAACAAAAUCGCAUGUACAGCCCGUUCGUCUAGGCGAUGAAGAACACUCAUUGAAAGAAGUAGCAGAAAAUUAUAAAAAUACAAACAUAUGGACCGAAGAUGAUGACGAACAACAGCAGCAACCAUUGGUAAACAACAACAUUACUAAUCCUCUUUUGCCAGUUGAGCAAGAAGCAACAAUUUGUCAAAAAUCCGAAUCGAUAAGCAAUGAAGCCGAACAACAGGAGAUAUUAUUGCCGUCUAACAGUAGCACUGAUUCUAAAUUAAAUACACCGCUGUCUUCAGCUGCUCCAACACUUAUUUCUCCAAAUGUAAUUGAAUUAGUACAAAAAUCAACAGAGAAACAAAAUGCAGCAGAAAAUGAAAGCAACAAGAAAUCAAAUAAUGUUCAGUCUGAAUUGUCGCAAGCUAAAACAGAUAAGAUCGGCAAUGUUAUUCAAGAGAAAACAUACAAAAAGAAGAAGAAAAUUAUAAUAAAAAAGUCAUCAAAAGUGAACCCAUCCUUACUUGUAUCCAAGAAAAAACAAGAAGAAAAACAAGAAGAUUCGGACGAUGAACUUCUCAUUGAUAUACGAAACCGUAAAACAGAGCCAGAUCCACAACAAACAAGAAAAGGAAAUAGUACACCACAAGUAUCGGUUGAGUAUCCACGUAUGGAUGAAAAAGUUCUACCAGCAGCUACCGACUUGAACUCAUUACCUGGACAUAUAAACGGGAAAACCCAUCGAGACUGCGACUCUGAUCAACAAGAGAUUGUAACACGUUUUUUAUCUUACAAUGAUAUUGAAACAUUAAUCGAUCACGUCAGAAUUUUACACAUUGAUGAUGAAGCCAAAUAUUCUGUCAAAUUUUUGAGAGAGAAGCAACCAAUAUUCAAAUCAAGAACAAAAGGUUUAACUGGCAUUGUGCGAGGAAAAGCAGUGAAUCAGAAUGUUUUUCAAAAGAUGAAUAAAUCAAAAUUAUUCCGUAAUGUACUUAAAAACGAUAUGGAUUUAAAAACAAUUUUAUGGAGUGAUAUUCAAGAUAUUGAAAUUAUAACAACAACAGAAACGCCUCUCUCAUCUUUCACGGCAUCAUGGCCAAAUAAUUUAAAUACAAAAAAAAGAACUACAAAAUCAUCCAGUUCAAGUUCACCUAUCUCCAAAAAUUUGUUUCAGAUCCUUCAAUCACAACGAUUAAAAACGUUUGCUAUUAAACCUAAUAAAAAGCUGAAAACAUCUCCAUCGACUGUUGGAAAAGAAACAAGUUUAAAUCAAGGCACGUCAGAAUCUCAACAGCAUUUAUUAAUACAACGGAUGAAAGAUUUUUAUUUUCAAACAUAUGGUAGAAAACUCUAUACAGCAAUUACUAAAUAUGAACAAUUCGGUAUGAAACCAAAAUUUUCGUCACCUCAUCUGAUUCAAAAUACUUCCGAGCAAUCGGUUGCCAUUCAAACAGACACUUCUCUCGUGGUUGAGGAAGAACAAAAAGAGCAGAUAGCAGUCACACCUCUACCUUGCCAAAGACGACCAAAAAAGCAACAGAAAGUCAUAGAAACAACAGCUACAGCAGAUAGGCCUCUAUCACCAUCAAUAAAAGAGAUCUCGUACGAUGAUUUCUUUUCCAGUACCCCAUCCCUGUCAACGAAACAACAACGAUCAAAGAAGGGAACAGAAAAGUCGAAACAUCAACGAACGUCAAGAUCAUCGUCAAUUGAACGUUGUCUGAAAAAACACGAGAAUCAUCAACGAAAACCAUCAUUGACUUGCAUGUCAACAACUGCGGUACAAAAAGAUAUUACUGACAGUACCGUUAGUCCUCAUUGCAAUGAAGCUUCAUUAUUGCCGUUGAAAAAACGUCUUCUACAAAAAAACGAAAUCGAAAACGAUGAAAAUAAAACAGUAAAUGAGCGUCGUAUGAGUAUCGAAAUUGAAGAGUCAACACCAUUUAUCAUCAAAGAAUCAAUUGUUUUAUUAGCACCCACAUCUGUACAAACAAGAAAUCGUCGUAUAUCGGUAACAAGUACAAAUAGUUCCGUAACCACCGUACAAUCGACUAGUAGAAAAAGAAGACUGUCAUCAUCCAUAGAACCACAAUCACCAACAAAAAUGGAGACAACUCCAAAAACGAACAACGACGAAAGUGUGGAUGAGAUAUUACUAGAUGAACUUCCAAAAAAACGUUACAUUAAAAAUGGAAUGUUAUCUAACUAUUAUAAAAAAUCAGAUCAGAAUAAGGAGACUAAAAGCAUGUUUCAUACACCAUCAUCAAAAAGUAAACGUAUUCCUGAUUCUUCAUCCUGCUUACCAUCUCUGUAUAAUUUAAUUGUUCGAGGCGAAAAAAUACAAUAUCUUGAUUAUCAUUUACCGUAUGAUGUAUAUUGGACAUGGAAACGUCAGAAUAAGAAUAAUCAAGAGACUCAAAAGGUAUCAAAACCAUCCACUGAAAUUGUUGAAAAGAAAAAGGUACCAUCAGUGAAAAAAACGUCAAAUUAUAAAAAGAUUUUAAAAAACUUAUACAGUGAUCCGACAAUUCGUCAAAGUCUUUUGACAAAUUAUACAAGUGAAACAUCUCCAAUUUGUGAAUGUAAAUCACCAUCAAAUUGUGCCGACGAACAUUGUUUAAAUCGUAUGAUAUUUACCGAAUGUACGUCACAAUCUUGUCCAUGUGGUCCAGCAUGUACAAAUCAAAAAAUACGUAAAUAUGAAUGGUCUAAAAACGUGGAAGUAUAUGAUACGAAAAAAUAUGGUCUUGGUUUGAGAUCAGCAAUGGAUUUACCAAAAGGAGCAUUUCUCUGCGAAUAUGUUGGUGAAAUAAUCACCAAUGAUGAAUUUCUCAAUCGAAUGAAUUCUAAAUAUUUAAAUGAUCAACAUCAUUACACAAUGAAAUUAUCACAAAAUUUAGUUAUUGAUGCUUACAGAAUGGGAAAUAUAGCACGAUUUGCUAAUCAUAGUUGUCAACCAAAUUGUGAAUUUCAAAAAUGGACAGUGGAUGGGUUACAACGAAUGUGUAUGUUUACUUUGAGAAAUAUUAAAAAAAACGAGGAAUUAACGUACGAUUAUAAUUUUCAAUGUUUUAAUGAAGACAAUCAACAGAAAUGUUAUUGUGCAAAUGAAAAAUGUCGAAAAAUUAUUGGUGCAAAACCAUCGUUAUUACAUUCAAUAUCAACUUCAUCAUCUUCGUCAACAUCCACUCAAGAUAGAACAAUGGCAGCUAUAACGCAAAAAUUAACACGCCAUGAUAAACGAUUGAUUAAGCAUUUUUCCGUAUUUCUAAUGAGAAAUUUAGUAAAAGUAAAUCAAAUAAAACAAAAGAAACAACUGAAACUACAACAACAAGUAAAGUCAGAAUCAUCGAUGAUAAUAACAAACGAACAACAACUAUUUCAGUCUUAUUGCUUUUGUUAUCAAAAUUAUUAUCAUCAACAAAAAACCGUUGUAAUUCAAAAUGGUGCUACUGCUGCUCCCUCGUCUAUAUUAUCAUCAUUGAGAAAGAAAAGUGAUAAAUUAAUAUCAACAAUUAAACACAAAGAUAUGUUCCAUUUAUUUUACAAUUUUAUUCGCAGAACGCAUUUCAUUAAAAGUGGACGGGGAUAUGAGGCCUUGAUUGAUGAUCACUGUUUUUAUGCUCAACUAGCUCAAUUAACACACAUAUUAAACGAUAUACUACGAUUAUUGAUGUGUUAUAAAUGUGCUAAAGAUGAUAUUUUUCCAGCAAUUGCGUUGAAGAAAUGUCCGUCAAAAAAGCUUUACCCAAUGUAUUAUGAAAUAAUCAAGAAACCUAUGGAUUUAACCAUAAUUAAAACGACAUUAGAUAAUGGGGAAUAUCUUUGCUUUAAACAAUUUGAAAGUGAUUUAUUACUGUUAUUCAAUAAUGCUGUGACGUAUUGCGGUGCUGAUUCAGAUGUCGGUUUCGCUGUGGUUGAACUACAAGAUUAUUAUAACCGUAUUCUUCUUCCAUUAUACAAACCAGUAACUGAUUUAUUCAAGAGUCUCAAUCAGUCUUAUCAACAAUACAGUUUUUCUUCAUUUACCACAUCGUUUGCUAAUGUUAGCACCUUUGAAGACUUUCUUGCUCGUUUUCACAAAUCAGAAAUUAUGUAUGGACAAAUUAGAAAUAAUCUUUAUCAUCUGAUCUACGAUAUUGAAUUGCAAGCCGAAACAUUAUCAACGGACAAUGAACAUUCACCAGUAGUGUUUAAGACAUUUAAUCACAAUAGCACUUCAAGUCAUCAAAAAUCUCGUCCAAAUAAACAAACAACAAUCACACCGUCGUCUUUAUCCUCGUUUCAAUCACAACUUCAGAAAAUAAAACGAAACCUGAACGAUGAUGAUGAAUACAUUAUACAUUGUCAAUGUGGAACAGUCCAUGAUGAAGGAUUGUUUAUCCAAUGUUAUGCUUGUCAGUUAUGGCAACAUGCAUCAUGUGUCAGUGUUGAUGUUGUUAAUCCAUCUUCACCCUAUUUUUGUUUUGAAUGUAAUCCAACAUGUGAAUAUGAUAUUUCAAAAUGUCAAUUAACCCAAGUUAAUAUUCCUCUUCAAGAAAAAACAAGUGAUGAACUAGCAGAUGUUGAAUGUUACACAAGUUUAACGAGAGAUGAUGGAUUUAUUGUUCGUACAAAUGAAUGUUACUAUGUUGUGAAACAAAAACGUGGAAGUGGUGAAAAUAAAUCUGAUGAACACAAGCAUCCGAUAUAUGAUAUUAUCUAUGUCGAACGUUUAUAUGUAUCUAAGUCAAAUGAAAAAUAUGCGUGUGGUUUCUACUAUAUUCAUCCAUAUGAAACAUUUCAUGAACCAAAUCGAAAAUUUUUUCACAAUGAAGUAUUUCGUUCGCCAGCAAAUGAUUCAUUUCCACUAAAUAUUAUUGUAAGACAAUGUUUUGUUGUUGAUCAAGCAACAUAUUGUAAAGGAAAACCUAUAUGUGAUUGUUAUUUGAACAUAAACGAUAUUUAUAUAUGUGAAUAUCGUGUUGAUAAAUUAGCACGAACAUUUCAUCGUCUACCUAAAGCACGACAGAUGAGUAUAAAUACAAAAUCAUAUUGUUUUGAUCAGUACAUCGAAAAAUUAACAAUUAAAAGAGAUUAUCUGCCCCAUCAAAAAGAGUUUCAUCAAGAUAAACAAAAGAAAGUAUUAUCUAAUUCAAACAAGCUAACGCCAAAACAGUUUGAAGAGAAAUUGACACGUUUAGAUGGAAUAGUCGAAAAAAUAUAUUGUCGUUGUCAUAAUAAAACAUGGUUAGCGGAAGAUAAUUUGACAAUCGAACAAAUAAUGGAACAACCUCAUCAAGAUGAAACGUUAACAAUUAAACCAUUAGUGCAUACUCAACAGCCAGUCAAUGAAGUAUAUAAACCAAUACGAUCAAGAAAAAAACGUCCAGUUACAACAACAAAAAACACACAUGAAACUGCGCAUAGAAAUGAACCUGCUGUACAGUUGAUCAAUGGAAAACGACGAAUAACGUCGCUAUCAUCCAGUGAUUGUGAUGAGAAUGAACAAAUAGUUCAAAUAGCUGAACACAAACCGCAAAACACCCCAAAAUCUAAAAAUAAUAAAAAAAAAAAAAUUUCUUCCACAAUAUCCAAACGGUGUAAUAGGAAGAAACAGAGAAAAGAAACGUCUUUAUUGAAUGACACAACUGGUAUGCCGAUAGACACAAUUAUUGAUAUUGUUACCCUGCUUGAUGAUCUUAUAGAACAGAUUCCACCGUCUUUAGCUUGA